AACUAGCCAUUAGGUUACACAAAAUCCUCAUUCUUAAUUACAAAUCUAAUCAUUCAUUGUUUACAGGGACGACAUGCAGCUUAAGGUCCAAGUGAUUUCAGAAGAGAUUGUAAAGCCAUCAUCUCCGACUGCCGAUAGACUGCGUCGAUACCAACUAUCGUUCCUAGAUCAACUAAAUGCCUCGUUCUAUAAUGCUUUGGUCUAUUUCUACCCAAAAAUAUGCGAUACUGAAGCCGACAAAAUCACAGUUUCCAACCGGUUGAAACACUCCAUUUCCAAUGCCCUCACCUAUUUUUACCCACUGGCUGGUCGGAUAACGGAUGACCAGUUGUUUGUUGAUUGCAACGAUGAGGGGAUACCCUUUUUGGAAGUUGGAGUGGAGUGCCAACUUUCAGAUGUUUUAAACAAUCCAAUUCCCAAAGAACUCAACAAGUUGCUUCCUUUUGAAUUCCAUGGUGCUAAAAAAGUUCCCCUUGGAAUCCAAUUCAACGUUUUCGACUGUGGGGGGAUAGCGGUUGGUGUUUGUAUUUCCCACAAAAUUGGAGACGCCCUUUCAUUUUUCUCGUUUGUGAAUAUGUGGGCAGCCAUUGCUCGUGGAGAGACGAAUUUGAUUGCCCCCGAAUUCAAAUCGGCCUCGCUUUUCCCACCACGAGACCUUUGGGGAUACACGCCAGGAGCUAGUUUAAUAAAAAAAGGACAAACAAUAACCAAGAGAUUCGUGUUUUGUGCCACCAAAGUGGAGGAAAUUAGAAGAAAAUAUGCUGAGAAUACUAAUCAAACACGCCCGACUCGUGUUGAGGCCUUAUCAGCUUUCAUAUGGGAGCGUUUCCUUACUGCCUUUGGUGCAAGAUCAAGACCAGAUACGCUUUGCGCAAUUGUUCACUUGGUAAAUUUACGUGCGAGAAUUGAGCCUCCAAUGCCGGGUUCUUUAUUUGGAAACCUUUCUGGCUUAGCAAUGACUAUCCCAUCCAUGGACAGUAACAUCGUUACCCAAAUAAGAGACUCCAUAAAAACAGUGAACAAGGAGUACGUGAUGAAACUAAAAAAUGGAUAUACUCACCAGGAAUAUCUUAGGGAUAUGGCAGCAAGUUAUGGCAAAGGCGAGAUGGUUAGCUUAACUUUCACAAGUUUAUGCAGGUUUCCUAUGUACGAAGCUGAUUUUGGUUGGGGGAAACCCAUAUGGGCUGGCUCUGCAGAUCGACAAAUAAAGAAUGUAACUACUUUCACGGACGCCAUAAAUGGUGAUGGAAUAGAGGCUUGGGUUACCUUAAAUGAAGAAGAAAUGGCGAAAUUUGAUUGUGAUGAGGAAUUGGUUGCAUAUGUUAAUAACCCAAAAAGCUUGUAAAGAGGAUUAAGUAGUGCCUGUAUUGUUUGUGUCAAAGCUUUAAUUUUGUUGUUGAAGCAUGUUUUCAUUUCAGGUUUGCAUAUAUCUAUAUUUUUCCAUAUCUAUUAUGGGAGAUGGGUCGUGAUUAUUACAUAAUGGGUGGGGGAAGAUUUUGGAAGUAUUUAACGUUUGGUUUGCUGUUCAAUUAUGAAAAAGCCUCACUUGUUCCCAGUUACUACUUCUCCUCCCCCUUUUUUAGCAAAGAUGCAAAAGGGAUGGUCUUCUCCAAGACACCAAUCAUCUUAGCAAAUUUAGCCUUCCUUUAAUUGUUUAAAAAAUAAACAUGGGUUGUCGAAUAUGAAGUUUCAACAUCAGUUUGAACAUUGAUUCCUUUA